AUGUCGUCGGAUGGUGGACAACCAAAACAUCAUCAAGCUGAACCGAGUAGUAGCCAAAUCAAUAAUAUCAACAACAACAACAACGAUGUCCAACAAGAGGUCCAUCAUAGCCCUUCAACUGAAAAGCAACAACAACAAAAACCUCCUGAAGUAAAAUUAAAAACGGAAAUACCUAAUGUAGACAAUACUACAAGGCUCAUGAGGACCGACGACAACAACAUUCAAAACAACAACAACCUGAUGCAACAACCUGAAGCAUCAACGACACCUCUCACAACAACAACGACAACUCAUUCGACAAAUAAUUUAAUGGACAAUAAGGAUCAUCAUGAUAAAAAACAUUUGGCAGCUGGGAUGGAUACGGAACCAUUUCCUCAUCAAGAGAAUCCACUUUCAAUAGUUAAAUUAUCGAAUAUACAAAAUUUGGAUGAAUCAGUCGUAGAAUUGUAUGAUGAGAAUGUGUUGGUUACAUCCAAAGAAACACACGUACCAUUGACAUCUGACACUUCAGUAAUGAAAGUUGCUAGCCCUUUCAUAAAUCAUGAUGAAAAACGAACAUCAACCACACACAAUAUUUCAAAUAAUAAUGUGACUAAUACGACUUCUAAUACCUAUAAUGCCAACAAUAAUUCAGAAAUUUUCUAUCCUUCAUCCUCUGCCGUAUCAUUUCCGAAACGAAGACAUUCCUUUAUGAAAAAUAUUGAGAUGCAACAUUACGAUCGAACAUUAAUGGACGCAAAGAUGAAUCGAUUUGAUGAAGGGAUAUCUUUUCACAAAAUUCAAGAGUCGCCGUCCAACUCCUUUUCACAUCAUCAUCACACAGAGAUCUCAAAUGUUUCAAAAGAUAGCCAAGCAUCCUCUUCACAUCCCCAUCUAUCAAAGACAGCUCAACACAGUCAUCAUGGAAAUGUCAGCACAACACAAAACAACACGCACACAACAUCUGCAUCAACAUCUGCACGAAAAAGGUCUUCUUUUUCGAGCAUUAAAUUAAUUGGACCACGAAGAAAAGCAGUGGGCACUUCUGUGACUUCAAGCGUGCAACUUUCGGAUUCAUCAGCAGAACAGUCACGAGAAAAUAGAAAGCAACUUGAACAAAUUUUUAAGGGAAGAAGACGAGAUUAUGGAGAUUCUUCAUGUAGAGGAGUUAUUUUUGACACAUUGGAGUAUCUGUAUAAUAGUGUUUGCCCACCAAAUAGAAUCUGUAACUUACUUAUUAUAGCGAUUAUUAUUCACACUAUAGUUUGCAUCAUUGCAACUACCUCAAUUUUGUAUUCAGCUGGAAGUCAAAGUGUUCAGGAAUAUGCCAACCUGAAUAAUUUAAAUAUUAUUCAAAAAAUGGUUCAAUUCUUUAACAUUGCAACGACAGCUUCGAUAGAACUUCAACGACACUUUCUUGUACAUUCCUUAUUUUAUAACGACACGAGCGGAAAUGGGACGUUUAUAGAACCUUUCUCACGACUCGCUACGACCGCAAUUCCCAAACUCUAUGUCCACAAAGAUGAAUUGAACAUGAUUCUCUAUGGAAAUGGUAAUGGAGAAUCAGCCCUUAUUCAACGUCAAGGUUCACUAAACAUGAUGUACGUGACAAGGAAUGUGCUACAAUACGUACCGCAAUAUAAGAAUUUGAGUACAUAUCCAGGAGAUGCACACUCCAUAUUUCAAUUUUUUACCGAUGACUUCUUGAGGCCUGUAAAUACAACUCCAUUAGACUCUCAAUUUAUUUAUGACCCAAGAGAUCGAUUAUGGUACACCACAGUAGCUGACAGUCCUAUAAAUAUAACCAAAUGGAGCAGUGUUUUUGUUGACCUCACCUCAAAGCUCAGUAUUUCAGCAUGUAUACGACUGAAAAAUCAAAACACUAUUCGACCUCCUUUUCAAGAAGUAUUAGGAGUACACAUCUUGUUCAGCGACAUUGAGAAAUAUUUUGGAUCUAUAUCUUCCUACUCAGAUUACAUCAUGAUCCUCAUGGAAAAGAAUGGAAAUAUUCUUUCGACCUCUCUCAAAGACUUUUCAGUGUUGACCGCGAAUGGAAAAAGAAAUAAUAUCAUGAUGUUUAAGAACAUUAGCAAUACGAAUACAUUUGGAGUUUCCAAUCCAGACACAAUCAGCAUGCUAAAAACAAUUGCUGAAUGUGUGGAAUCUGAGCAAGUCAUUGGACGAACUAAAACAUUGAAUGAGAGCGAACCGUAUCCAUGCAGCUCUGUGAAUAACGAUAUCGUACCGAUUGGAAAUUCCACAGAUGGAGGUUAUUGCUAUUUAAAUCGAUGGAUGACCAUUCGACAGCUCAACACUUCUGAAUCAUUUUUAGUGGUCACAAACAUUGUAGAUCAGUAUGGAAUGGAUUUUAUUUUUAUCAUUUCUCGAAAGAAUUAUACAUUUUCUGAUGUAUUGCUGGAACACUUUGUUUACUUGCUGGUAGUAUUAGUGUGUACCAUAGCAGUUGGUACUGCUUUAAUUUUAUGUCUUACUUCAUUCAUUUCGUUUUCAUUGUGGCAUGUCUCCAAGAAGUUAUAUCACAUUUCCAGAUUACGUGGCAAUCUUUCACAUGAACAGACCACUCUUUCUAAAUUACAAAGAGCAUCGAAUAAGAUAUUUUACGAAAUUGAUAUUUUACAGAGAUGUAUUGAAAAUGUAGAACGUGUGAAUUCCAGUUUCGUGAAGUACAUCCCAAAAAGUGUUGUACACAAUAUUGUUAAUGGUUCUUCUUCAGGAGCCAAAUUGGGAAUGGUCAGUGCAGAAAUUACAGUCAUGUUUACCGAUUUGGCCAAUUUCACAAACAUCUCAGAAAAUUUGUCCAUCAACAAUUUACUUCUUGUAAUUUCCAGAUAUUUCGAUGUUGUGACAAAGAACGUUCAAGAGUGCAAUGGAGUGAUUGACAAAUUUAUUGGAGAUGGAGUGAUGGCACUCUUCAACAACCCUUUCCAACCAGCUCCAAAUCACGCCGAGCUUGCAUGCAAAGCAGCUCUACAAAUUGUUGCAGAACUUAAAAAAGUGAAUGAAGAAAUGUCAAGAGUUUACAGAAUGAAGCUACCUUAUGAAAUUACGGCUCGUGUUGGAUUAAAUACAGGAGCUUGUCUUGUUGGAAAUAUUGGAACUCAUGAUCGUCUCAAUUUCACAGCCGUAGGAGAUGUGGUAAACAUUUCGAGUCGACUCGAAUCAUUGAAUCGAAUGUAUGGAACGAAUAUUUUAAUAGGAGAAGGAACACUUUUGAGUUUUAAGGGUGUUGAAAAUUUGAGAGCGGAAACGAGAGAUUUCUUUUCGAGCUAUUUGGGUCAAGACAACUUUUCCUUCUCAGACCUCAACCAGAGAGUGACGACCUUACUUGAAUCUCAAGUAUUAGAACCUGGUCAAGGAAGUGCAAUUCCAAUUUUGGAUGUUGCCAGUACGAUGAAUGAUAGCAUUCACAAGGCAGUUGUUUCGCAAUCGAGUCGACGCUCCUCUUUAGCACUAGAUAGCAAUUUUCCUUCGAUGGUUUGCUUUUUUGUGGAUACUAUAUGCCUAAAAGGUAAAAACAAUUCAGUUUCUGUGUAUGCCUUGCAAUGCGAACGAAAAAUUGCAACGCAUGACCAACUCUAUAUCGAAAAGAUGUUAGAAUUGAUUCGAAGAGAGUUAUUGGAGGAGAAACGUGUGAGAGCUGUGUUGAAAUUACUCCAAAAUUUAUUGAGAUAUUUUGAAGAAAAUCAAUUAUAUGAUUCUCCAUUGUUGGGAUCGCAUGCACUUGAAUUUUCAUUCAAAUUUGGAGAUGGUACUGGUGAGAGAUGUGAAACAGACCAAAACGAUGCUCCAAAUUCAAUCAUCGUGGAAGGUGAUCCUUAUCCAGUAGUUUACAAAUUUGUUUCAAAAAUUAGAGAUCGUUUGUUGAAGGUCGUUCAAACUCACGAAAACACAAAAAAAACCACUAGGAGCAACUCGGUAUUUACAUUGGGAAACAAGAGACGUACUUCACUUCUUCCUAACGACAGUAGAUCUAACUCGGAGCCUCUUGUGACACCUUUUUUAGUUGCCUCCUCUGAAGACACAUCGAAUUCAUUUGAUCAUUUUGCGUCCAAGACAGUAGCAAUGUCUCCCAAUGUCUGUUUUGAAAAAUCUAACAUCGCUUUGAGUGAAAGUCAAGAAAAUGAGAACAAUUUCAACGAUUCUCAAAAAGAUAGUAGCACUCCAACGAUGAAAAACGGGUCUCGUGAACCGGAAAUUAAUUCUGAAAGCAUUGACAAGAUAGAGGACUCUUCACUCAAGGUUUUAUCCAAUAUUCUUGCUACUAACAUUGAUACACCUCACAACCAGAGAAGCUCUAUUAAGGUCGAAGAUUUUUUCCUCAAGUUGACCGAAAAGUAA